CUGGAGGGAUGACAGACAGGCCUCGGGCGGGAGGGGGGUGGUAUCUGAAUAAUUGAGGAGCUGUUCUGCAGCAGCGGCUGCCUCUCGCUUCCUGGGCCACCAGCACCCCGCAUCACAGUGGGAGAGAGAGCCGGGCGCUCUAAGUGCGGACGGCCAGACACCAGUCGGGCAGCCAGUUCAUCGCCGCCAGCCCUCCGAUAUUCAUGCCCAGGAGAAGGCUGCUCUGGGUCUCUCUGGACCUCUCCUAAAAGGGAUAUCCCUGCACACUAAAUGAGCUCCAGAAGCAGCCACUAAGGCUUCCAUAGCCCUCUUCCACCAGUUGACCCUCACCGGAACCCAUACCACUCAGGAUGAGUGGUUUCCUGGCCUCCCUGGACCCCCGGCGGGUUCAGUGGGGGGCUGCCUGGUAUGCCAUGCACUCCAGGAUCCUGCGCACCAAACCAGUGGAGUCCAUGCUGGAGGGAACAGGGGCCACCACAGCACAUGGCACCAAGCUAGCCCAGGUGCUCACCACCGUGGACCUCAUCUCACUUGGCGUUGGCAGCUGUGUGGGCACUGGGAUGUACGUGGUAUCUGGCCUGGUGGCCAAGGAAAUGGCAGGACCUGGUGUCAUUGUGUCCUUCAUCAUUGCAGCUGUUGCAUCCAUAUUAUCAGGUGUUUGCUAUGCCGAGUUUGGAGUCCGAGUCCCAAAGACCACAGGGUCGGCCUACACCUACAGCUAUGUCACUGUGGGGGAGUUUGUGGCAUUUUUCAUCGGCUGGAACCUGAUCCUGGAGUACCUGAUUGGCACUGCAGCUGGCGCCAGUGCUCUGAGCAGCAUGUUUGACUCACUGGCAAACCACACCUUCAGCCGCUGGAUGGUAAACAGCGUGGGAACCCUCAAUGGCCUGGGUAAAGGUGAAGAGUCAUACCCAGACUUUCUGGCUCUGGUGAUCGCUGUCAUUGUCACCAUCAUCGUUGCGCUGGGGGUGAAGAACUCUGUGGGCUUCAACAACGUCCUCAACGUGCUGAACCUGGCAGUAUGGGUGUUCAUCAUGAUUGCAGGCCUCUUCUUCAUCAAUAGGAAAUACUGGGCUGAAGGCCAGUUCUUGCCCCACGGCUGGUCAGGGGUGCUGCAAGGAGCAGCCACAUGUUUCUACGCUUUCAUUGGUUUUGACAUCAUCGCCACCACUGGAGAGGAGGCCAAAAAUCCCAACACGUCCAUCCCCUAUGCUAUCACCGCCUCCCUGGUCAUCUGCCUGACAGCAUAUGUAUCUGUGAGCAUGAUCCUAACUCUGAUGGUGCCAUAUUAUGACAUUGACACAGAAUCCCCGCUCAUGGAGAUGUUUGUGGCCCAUGGGUUCUAUGCUGCAAAAUUCGUAGUGGCCAUUGGGUCAGUGGCAGGACUGACGGUCAGCUUGCUGGGCUCCCUCUUCCCAAUGCCAAGGGUCAUUUAUGCCAUGGCUGGCGAUGGGCUCCUUUUCAGGUUUCUGGCUCAUGUGAGCUCCUACACAGAGACACCAGUCGUGGCCUGCGUCGUGUCAGGGUUCCUGGCGGCUCUCCUCUCUCUAUUAGUCAGCCUCAGAGACCUGAUAGAGAUGAUGUCCAUUGGCACUCUUCUUGCCUACACCUUGGUCUCUGUCUGCGUCUUGCUCCUUCGAUACCAACCAGAAAGUGACAUUGAUGGUUUUGUCAAGUUCUUGUCUGAGGAGCACACAAAGAAGAAGGAGGGCAUCCUGGCUGACUGUGAGAAGGAAGUAUGUUCUCCUGUGAGUGAAGGGGAAGAGUUUUCUGGCCCUGCCACCAACACAUGUGGGGCCAAGAACUUACCAUCACUGGGAGACAAUGAGAUGCUCAUAGGAAAAUCAGACAAGUCAACCUACAAUGUCAACCACCCCAACUAUGGCACUGUGGACAUGACCACAGGCAUAGAAGCUGAUGAAUCUGAAAACAUUUAUCUCAUCAAGUUAAAAAAACUGAUUGGGCCCCGUUACUACACAAUGAGGAUCCGGUUGGGCCUUCCAGGCAAAAUGGACCGGCCCACAGCAGCUACAGGGCACACGGUGACCAUCUGCGUGCUCCUGCUCUUCAUCCUCAUGUUCAUCUUCUGCUCCUUCAUCAUCUUUGGUUCCGACUACAUCUCAGAGCAGAGCUGGUGGGCCAUCCUUCUGGUUGUUCUAAUGGUGCUGCUGAUCAGUGCCCUGGUGUUUGUGAUCCUGCAGCAGCCAGAGAACCCCAAGAAGCUGCCCUACAUGGCCCCCUGCCUCCCUUUUGUGCCCGCCUUUGCCAUGCUGGUGAACAUCUAUCUCAUGCUAAAGCUCUCCACCAUCACAUGGAUCCGGUUUGCCGUCUGGUGCUUUGUGGGUAUGCUCAUUUAUUUUGGGUAUGGCAUCUGGAACAGCACCUUGGAGAUCAGCGCCCGGGAAGAGGCCCUGCACCAAAGCACGUACCAGCGCUACGACGUGGACGACCCCUUCUCCGUGGAGGAGGGUUUCUCCUACGCCACAGAGGGUGAGAGCCAGGAGAACUGGGGCGGGCCGGCCGAAGACAAAGGCUUCUAUUACCAACAGAUGUCAGAUGUGAAGGAAAACACCCGGACAAGUAGCAAAGCGAAGAGCAAAAGUAAACACAAACAGAACUCGGAGGCCCUGAUUGCAAACGAUGAGUUAGAUUACUCUCCAGAGUAGGAGUAAACACACAAGAAAUAUGUAGAAAUGGUGGUGAUUUAUUUUCAGUAACUUUACCUGUGGGCUAGAAGGUGAAAACGUGUUUUGCCUCUCACUUCAAAAGUCCAGCCUUCCCCAAAGUCAGUCCCCAAUCAUAACCUGUCAUUUGCUACUUCUGCUCUUCAGGAUAGUUCUGUCAAAGGGUUUAAUCUGGGUCUCCUUACUGAUCCCCUUGUGGGAAAACAAAGACAACCUAAACAAGAAGGUAAAAGAAAUUCUAUCUUAGGUGUAACCAUCAGAGCAGAUGGCAGCAAAUGUUUCUUAGGCCUUUGCUUUGCUGGUUGAAUCUUUUUGCUUCUUACUGAUACUCCAAGAAGCAAGAAGAAAACUUCUCGGACCACACUGAGGCUGCAGCCCCUGGUGGAGAUGUGCCAAAUCAGGUGGGUGUGGGCACAGACAGCAUUCCCGCCCCUGAGACCACAGGGCAAAGCUCUGUGCUCAGCACGCAGGCUGACAGCUGCUCCCCAGGCCAGGGUGGGCAGGUGGCCUUGGCACUUCCUCAGCAAACAACGUUCUGUCCUGAAAUCUCACAAAAACAGAUCCAUGGAAAAGAGGCAUGCUUCUCUGUAUUCACCAACAUUCUCAUAGUCUGCAAACUGUAACUUGAGGAUCCAGCAAAGUUCAGGGACUUGGAGACCAUUCUCCCUAAGGUUUCAGAUUCACCAGAAAGCAGUCAUGCAGACCCACUCAUGUGGUGAGAAGCACCAUCAAAAUUCUACUAAAUGCCCAGGAAAAAAUAAAAUAACCAUGUCUUGUAGUGAAGGCCAGAAGGGCACUGGCAGAAAUGAACUCUCUGUCAAGCCUUCUCUUACACCAAGCUCUAAGCUCCUGCUGAUAUAAUGGAAGGGGGCAAAGUUGGAGCAUGAUUUCAUGGCGCUAAUAUGCCUUGAAGAAGGAGGCUGUUUGUUUUAUAAUCAGAUAAAAUCUUUACAAGGAAAAGUGACCCAGCCACUGAGAUCACAUUGCAAAUUCUAUUUCAGAUUUCUAAAAUUAUAAAUUCUGUAGUUGGUUUUUUUUUUUGAGAUAUGCCCCCAGUUGAUUGGUGGGCGCUACUCCUAAAACAAAAAUGUUGAAGCGCAGCUUCUUAGGUAAUUGCAUUCCAUGAGAUCAUAUUUCCCUCCCGAACCUUAUUUUUCUGGGGUAGCUCACCUCCGGACAUGUAUUUUUCCUGCAAUUUCCCAGAGCAGUUUCACUGAAGCCCAGAGAAAUGUCUACCCGGUAGGCUCUAAAUCUGGUCCGUCAGAGAGGCUCUUAAAGGAAUUUCUCUGAAACGAGCUAGGUGAGACAAUCUGGCGCAGGAAAAAACUCACGAUCUGUAAAUUCUCCUCUUGUGUGACAGGGAUUUCAGCGCCGUACUGAGGAAGGUGCACACGCACAUGAAGCACAAGUUGGGCCAAGCUAAAGUCUCUGGGAGAAUUUCCUGAAAGGGGGGAAAUACCAAAUUCCUUAUUCUCCCUCUCCUGGAUCUAGCACUAUGCCAAAAAUUUCCCAGAAUACAUCAACAAAUGUUUCAGUCGAUUCUUUUUUAGAGGGUGAGGCUAGAGCCAUCUUGUCAGGCUGUAAGAUUAUGAACAGGGAGCAGAAGUCCACUUCUUCCCCUCAGCUCACCCUGAUUGAGAACAUACCAAGUGCUAAGUGAUGGGAAUGCAAAAAGAAUGACAUCUGCCCUUGGAGGCUCACGGUCCAGGGAAUACGAGCAGCACCGGAGUCCGAUAACUGUAGAUACAACAGCCGAACAUGGCAGGUCCCCAUGGCUGAUGCACUGGGCUUCAACAUAGUAGUUUUUAAAAGGUCAAUUGAAACUACAUUUUAAUAGGCUUUUAAAUAAAUUGCAUAUCAUACCCAUAGCCAACGUUAUGUCAUUUAAAUUCAAAUUACUACUAUUUUCUAAAUCUUUUUCAUGCUUCUAUAUUAAUUGUAUACAACUCUGGUUUCUGAGAUAUUUGUCAUUUUAAUGUAAUGCUUGGCAAUGCUGUAUUUUUCUCUCUCCUAAACUUAACCAUAAAGAUACAGCACCUGGCCUGUGAAAUAUAUCCUUAGGGAUUAAUUGUAAAUGAGUUAUCAGCAUUUUUUGCAAGAAUGAAGUGUUGAACUGGUUUUAGAACUCAACAAAUCUUCCUAGUUUAAAUAUAAUCUCUUAAGCUUGAAAUAUAUCCAGAUAGAUAGGGUGGGACUGUAUCUGUUAAAAAUGUUCAAAGGAAGAUAUUAAUGCAAAAUAACAAAAUCGUACUGUGGGUGAAAGAACUUCCUUUUCACUAGAAAGGUUUAGGUAUUACAGUCUGGCCGCCGCUGUAUGCGAUUUCUGAGCACGAGAAGAGAGAGCACAGCGUUGGUACACACCACUGCUGUUGAUUCCCUGAGGAUGCCACGAACCCCUCUCAGUUCAGGGGUCACUUCUCCCAUUCAGGAGCUCUAUAACUUUUUAAGCUUUGAUCUCUUUAUUUCUCUCAAAUUGAUUUGUUAUCGUUCUAGUAAACUUGUUUUUCUUUAUUAAACAUUUGUCAAUCUAAUAGAAAAAGUUUUUUAAGGUAAAUAGACACAUGUUUCCUCAUGUUUCCCAGCCUUUGUGAAAGAGUCCCAGAUUCCACAAUGCAGGUUUCAAAUUCCGACAAUCACUUAGAAUGACUUUAUUUGUGUUUCCCAACAAUUUUUCUAAAACCGCAUUUGUGAACCCAUAUGAAAAGAUCCCCUUGUAAAUGAUUCCCACAGAAACUUAGACCCCUUGAAAGGAGUCCAAGGAAGACCUGUAUUUUCUUACAUUCUCAUCUGAAGCAAGAGCUCUUCCACUGAGUUUACAUCAUGCAAAUUUGUAGUUUAGAACCAAUUAUUUGGGUUUUUUUUUCAUUUUUGUCAUGUAUUGGUACUCUGUUUCAUUUCAAAAGGAUCUGAGGUAGUUACUACAAUACAUGUAAUACCCAAAAUAAUUAAGAGAGGAGCUGGAGGCAAAUAAAAAGGAUAAGACAAAGCUAGAACUGUGCUAAGUAAUAGAAUGCAGAACCUUUUAAAGAUUUAUUUAUUUUUAGAGAGAGAGGAAGGGAGGGAGAAAGAGAGGGAAAGAAACAUUGAUUGAUUGCCUCAUGCCUCACAACUGUCCCUAAACCCAGGCAUGUGCCCUGAUUGGGAAUUGAACUGGUGACCUUUCAGUUCACAGGCCAGCACUCAAUCCACUGAGCCACACCAGCCAGGGCAGAACCUUGAUAUGCAAUGCUAAUUUCCAAUGAGGGGCAACUUGAAAAACAAUAAAAUUAUUGAUAGUGACAGGAAGAAGUACUCCUGUAUGAUAUGAAUAAAUCUCCCCUCAUAAGGGCAGAGAACUGCAAUAGCAUAGAUCGUUGAAACCCACACAUAAGCGUCAGACCUGGAUUUUACCAGGUACGUGUGCCUGGCAUAUUUGGAUGUCCCCUAAAUAUCUGAUGACUGAGCAAAUGGCUAGAUGGAUAAAUGGACACGUGGAUGAAUGAAAGGAAAAUGAAAUACAUUUAUUUAACACAUUUUUAUGGACUGCUUAUUAUGUGCUAUGGCAUAAGAAAUAGGGAAAACAGAAUAUACAAAUAAAGAACAAUAGUGAAGAUGACAGGUGAGAUGAAGGCGUUAUAAUGUGCAAUGGGGGUUCGCAUAUGAAAAAGACCUCCUUCCAUUGGAAAGACCAUAGAGAAUGCGGCCCUUGUGUUGGGGCUUGUGGAGUGGGCAGAAUUUUGCCGGGUAGAAGUGGAAGAAAGGCUUGCAGAGUGGAAGACUGGUAUGAGUAGGGUAUAGACUCUGGCUGACGGCUGUCUCCUAACUAGUAAGUUGUACUGUGUCUCCUUCAAAGGAAAGGAAAAAGCUAGUUUGGCAAGAGCUCAUGAUUUAUGCAUGAUUUGUGUAUGAAACAUAAGAAAACAUGCUGAGAAGGCAGGUUAGGGCUCACCCACAGACAGACGUGAAAGUAGAGCUGAGCUGGCUGACUCUGCUUGGGUGGGGAGGCAUUGGGGAAAUGAUGAAAGUAUGAAUCAGGGAGAUUUGAACUUUUAGAAGCUGGGGCAGUGACUCCCUCUGCCUAUGCAAGGAGCUAACAAAUCACAUACACACUCCAAGCUGAUCUAACACAUUAAAGGGAGAAAACAUCCACACCUAAAGCAUUAACCUAGGAGAAGUGUGGGCAUCUAACAUGUGCACAGAUAACACAAAGUUAUUUGCAGCUACUUUAAAAUUUUCAACAAUAAAUUUAAACAACUAAACCUAACAAGUUUUUAUUUCUAUCUUAUCUACACAGUAAAACCUCAGCUCAAGAUAUACUCAGCUUGAGCUCAAGGAGUUUGAGAACUGGCCUAAAAAACUAAAGUGUACUGCCCUCCCCUUUCCCACCAGGUUUUACCAGGGCCCAGAGAGGUCAGUGGAAGCCCAUGGAGGGUCAGCCACAGGUUUACCUGUCUUGUAUCUCAGACUGGAAUGUCCUGUUGGGUGGAGAAGUCAGAUAUCAGGAAAUGAGUUUGAAGCCAGAGCUGAGGUCAGCUCACUGAGUCUAGGCAGCAGACAAUGGUCCACUCUUGGACUUAAGCCUUCAGGUUAGUGAGCAAUCCACAGGUGGCCUUAAUGUCUUACUCAUGCAGGGAAGGAGGUGCAAGGAAACUCAUACCCCAAAGUUGGUCCCUAGGGCUGCAUGGUAGCCCUUUAUCUUCAUGCCAUUUGGAACAAGACUAAUCAAAGAGAAUGUUUCUAUCAAAAAUUGUUGCUAAACCUAGGUUUCUCUGGUAUGCAAGCACCUCCCUGAUGCUGAGGACCUGUUUGUCUUCCGGGGCCCUUUGAAGUCCUCAAGAAAGGUGCCAACUGGUAAGCAUGAUGGCCCCCUGUGAGACAGCCAACACUUGUAGUUAAACAAAUGCACAAGUGCAGAAGCAGCAUCUCAAACGGCAGGCGCCGCCACAGGCAGGAACCAGGAUGCUGUUUCACCACGGAGUGAGUGUGCUUCAUGUUUUUCAGUUGGAAUGGUGAUGGGUAACAAAAAAACCCCUACAUGUACAUAAUUCUUAAGCCUGUGUCUACUUGUAUUUUCUCUAAGACUUUGCAGAAGAGGCUGUUGUGAUUGUUUCUCCUCCUCGGGAGCGACUUCCUGUCUAAAAUGCUUUCCUCUUCUUGUUCAGCUUGCAUCAUUCUGAAAUACCUAAGCUGUAGCCUUUAGCCAAAAUUAAUUCUCCAAGAAAAAAAAACUUUUUUUAGGACUUAAAGCUCAAAAGGGAUUAGUGGAAGUUUUGAAGCCUAUCAAAAAUGAACCUAUAUUCUGCAGUAUCAACUAAAAUAGUGUUAGAAAUCAUUCAACAGUCUUCUGCAUGCAUGGAAUUACAAAUUCACAUAAGGCUUCCACAAACACAGCUGCGGACUUGAAGUCUUCUGAAAGUAGGUAGCUCUAAUUUCUUACUCUUUAAAAACAUUCAGUGCAUUUUGGUACAAAAAGAAAAGAAAAUGGCUCUAUAUUUGAACUAAGAGUUGGGGGCAGCAUGGAUUUUUCAUCUGGGACUCCCUCUAUGCUUUUUAUAUUUCCUUUGCUAUUACAUCUUCCUGAUAUUGAAUCAGUGGCAUUGGCCAAAGGGAACUGUGGGUUGUGUAAAUUUCUCAGGAAGUGCAGACUAUGAAGGAUUGUGUUGGUUUGAAUAUUGGGAUGCAGAAACUGUUCCUUGCCCCCCUUCUCCUGACUGGUCUUGGCAGUUGUGAUACAUUUGUCUCACACUCCCGAAGGCGAGAAUCAUAAUCCCCCCCUUUCCAAAGCAAAGACACUAUUGAUGCUACGAUGGCACAUAAAUACCUCAACUGUCUGAGCGAACCGACGGGGCUGCAGGUUUUGAGAGAGCAGGUGUUGUUCUCAGCCCAUGUAGUCACACCACCCAACGGCAGGACUCGACAUUCUAGCUUUUUCUCACUGUGGAAAAGAAAGGUUACUGUUUAAUUCGUAUCCAAAGUUAUAAGUACAGCUUGUAAAUUUUACUAACUUGUUUCAUUUUUGUUUGGUCCUUGAGAAGUACAACUUGCUUUUUGCAGCUGGUAAUUUCUGGUGUCAUUCUCUGAUACAUAUAUGUAUAUAUAUAUAUUGGUAUGAAAUUGCUGUAUUCGUUAAAGUUUGUUCGUUUUGUGGUUUUUAAUUCCCAUUGGUGCACUGUACAAUGGGGUGUUGUAGUUUAUCAUGAAGAAAGAAAUAAUAUGCAGAUGUGUUAUGGAGUAUGUUUUAUUUUGAAAUUGAUUGUGGUAUUGAUAAUAUAUUGAUUUAUCAAGAUACUAAGGGAAAAUUCUAAAUUUACCAAAAUGUGUAUAUUUUAAUAAAUGCAUAAAGCUUUAUUGUGUGCCUUUAAGUUUAAAAGAGGUUUAUUUAAAAAGUCAGAAACAAAAGUGUCUUACUAUAAAAUAUUCAUAGUAUUGUAAAGCUUUUACACAGGAGACUAUCGAAGGACAACAGAAAAGAGGAAGAAGCUCCCCCAUAUUUUGUUAACCUUAACCAGUACCUGAUGUCUGAUACAUUCUCUCCACUCUCAAAUGGAGGUGAAUAAAUGAAUCUUGCCUUAAAUG